AGAGCACAGUGUCUUCAGUGGUCACCCUUUGUGUCGCUGUGUCCUGAAAGUCACUGUAGUCUCAUCAGACUGCAACCCUGGAGGGAUGCAUCAUGAUCUCCCCUCUCAUAGUGCUGUUUCAUCUUGGGCUGAGUUUGGAAACCAGGACCACAGCGGUGACAGCAAAAUUUCCCAUACCUACCAUCUGGGCUGAACCAGACUCUGUGGUCACCAAGGGACAAGCUGUUACUAUCUGGUGUCUGGGGACCCCAGAAGCUCAGGAGUACUAUCUGUAUAAAGAAGAAAGUUCAAAACCCUUCAAGACACAGAGCUUACUCAAGCCUUGGAACAAGGCCAACUUUUCCAUUCCAUUCAUGACAGAGUAUGAUGCAGGACUAUACCACUGCUACUACCACAGCCCUGCUGGCUGGUCAGAACACAGUAACUUCCUAGAGCUUGUGGUGACAGGAUUCUACAGCAAACCCAACAUCUCAGCCCUGCCAAGCUCUCUGGUGACCUCAGGAGAGAAUGUCACCCUCCAGUGUAGCUCACAUCAGGGGUAUGGAAGGUACAUACUUACCAAGGAAGGAGAAAAGAAUGUGUCCUGGACUCAGGACUCACAGAAACAACCCAAUGGACAUUUUCUGGCCCUGUUUCCUGUGGGACCAGUGACUUCCAAACAUAGAGGGGCCUUCAGGUGUUAUGGCUACUAUAAGAGAACCUCUCGGAUGUGGUCGGUACCCAGCGAGACCCUGAAUCUCCUCCUGUCAGAUUCACACUCACAAGAUCACACAGUAGAGAAUAUCAUCAGGAUGACUGUGGCUGGCUUGGUUCUUGUGAUUCUUGGGAUUCUACUGUUGGAGGCUCAAAACGGCCAGAGAAGUCCUCAAGGUUCAGUGUGGAGGUGAACCAGAGAGAACAGUUCAUCUCUUACUAUUUUAGAGACUUGGAGAUGAGCCCAACAAGUAGCAGAAAUCAUGGAAGAAAAGUUGUGGCACAAUUGUGUGAGCACCGUUGAAUACCCUGAAUAGAACGACAUAUUUGGGUGCAGGGGAAAUGUCAGAGAGAUCUGUGAAGGGAACUCUACACCCAUUCAAUUGGGACAGUAUGCUGGCUUGAAUGAAAUGGCCUCCAUACUCUCAGACAUUUGAAUGCUUGAUCCUCAUUUGGGGAUGUUGUGUGGAGAGACUUAGGAGGUGUGGUUUUGUCAGAAGAAUUGUGUGGCUCGGGUAGGUUUUGAAAGUUUAAAGAUUCUCAUCAUUUCUAGGUUACUCUUAUGUACCUAAUUUCUCCAAAGAUGAACUAUUAUAUAUUGCAAGGAAUCUCCCUAAGACAGAAGGCAAACAAUGUAAGAUAGCCCCAGGAUGGCCCUGAAACUGAAGAGAUUCACCAGGUGCCUUCUUCCUAAGAGUUAACAAGAAGAGCUGUUCAGAGUCACUCUUAGACAAGGUAAACUGCAAAGAAGAAUCUGAAACCAGAUCAACUGAGCUGCCUGGAAGAGGUUUGGACCAGAUUCACUUGGAAAGGACAUUUUCCAACCUGUUUAGCUGGCCUGAAGGCUGUGAAAUGUGCCCUUUGUGAGGUAUCACCCAUGUGGGGGGCAAAUUUGAUGAUGUAAAUAUAUUUGAGUCAUUUCUGCUUCUGUAAGUAACCUUAAUAAAACUCAUUGGUUCACCAAA